AAGAUCUUCCCAAAUGGAAUGCAGUGGCUUUAUAACAAGACACAGUAUCCCGUCGUGGCCCACAGUAUGUACUGGUCAAGCAACACAACUUACGCCAGGGCUAAUGGGGGAAGUUAUGACUUCCUGAUCGAUUGUCACAAGGCUUUACCUCUGGAAGAGAGAUUUUGGGAUGAUCUGCUCGCUGAGUCAAGGGAUUGGGGUCUGUUUGUCUACGAACAGGAUUACCUCAAUGAAGAAUUUGAACAAAUACAAAAGCUCCUGACUGACAUUGACCUUGGCCGCCAAUGGUUGACUCAGAUGGGGAAUGGGGCUGCCAAGAACGGACUGACCAUCCAGUACUGCAUGUCCUACCCGCGACAUAUGCUACAGUCUCUGGAAAUACCUGUCGUCACACAGGCUCGUGCAAGCCAUGACAACGUACCAGGCACCGACAACUGGAAGAUCGGUGUGACGUCACUAUUUGCAUGGGCAAUUGGCAUUGCACCCUUCAAGGAUAUUUUCUGGACGACCAGCGUUCAGCCUGGAAAUACUUACAAAUCCUCGGAUCCAUACACGCCCCUUAAUGCUGUGGUUGCAACCUUAAGCACAGGACCAGUGGGAAUCGGUGACAUGCUUGGGGGCACAAACAAGACACUCGUCAUGAAAUCUGUAAAUACUGACGGUCUGAUCCUGAAACCAUCUCGACCGGCGACUUCAAUUGACAACAGAAUACGGAGGAUGGCUUGGUCAGACUUUGAGGGUCCUGAUGGGGAGGUAUGGUCCACGUAUUCAGAUUUUGGUGGAAAGAACAAGUACGGUAUCAUCCUCGCUGCAGAUCUUCAGGGAAACUACACCAUGACACCUUGCAUGGCUGGAUAUCAAGGGUUUCCGAACUCCAUGGUUUUCCCAGCCAGCAAUCCCAACAAGAUCCAACCAUUGACAGACCCCCAGCCUUUGACAAUGAGUGGCUGUACCAUGGCUGACUUCUGUCUCUUCUAUGUAUCACCUGUACUGAACAUCAAUGGUAAACAAGUUCUGAUUCAGGGUGAGUUAGACAAGUGGGUGCCGAUGUCACCCCAGAGAGUUACGGCCAUCAACAUUGCCGAUGGUAUCACCAUCAGCCUCACUGGAGCUGCCCACGAAAUUGUCUCCUUCUGGUUCAACGUGGAUGGUAAAUCCUCACCUGUGACCUGUACCCUCGGAGCAGCAGGACUGGCCACCCUCAGUUUCCCAGCAGGCACAUGUCGUGGUGUUUAAUCAAUAUGAUACAUGUGUGAGAAUAUUUUACAUGCAUCUAUUAUCUAAUCCAUGUGUCUAGUUUUAAAGAAGUAUCUUCAUAUUAGAUAGAUACUGUUUAGUCUAUAUCACUAACAUCACAGUUACUACACAUAGAUGAACAUACGCAAAUACGGUCAUACUGUAUUUGCAUUUGUUUCAAUAGUGUAAAAUGUGACUUUUGGUCCAGUGAAUGAACGAUUAUACAUGUGCCUAAAUAUAAGUUCCUCUCUUGAGU